AUGGAAGCAGCAGUGGCUGCCACCACCUCCUCCCUGCUACUGGUCUCCGGCCCCAGGAGAUCAUCGCCAACAACAACCUUGCCUUCCCCCUCGUCGCUUCGGCCUCCCUGCAAGAGCUGCUGCUCCUUCACAACCUCCACUGCAAGGCAGCAGCAGCAUCUGGAUGCGGUAACCGUUGGCCGAGUUGCUGACAAAGCUGGCAUCGUCCUCCCCGUUGCCACAGUUUCAGGCACGCAUGCUCGGCUGGAGAAGAAGUGCGGGGGCGGGAGCCUGCUGGUGACGGACCUGGACAGCACCAAUGGCACCUACAUCAACGAGCGCCGGCUCAACCCUGGCUUCCCCGUGCCCAUCGACCCCGGCAGCCUACUCAUCUUCGGUGACAUCCACUUGGCGAUGUUCCGUGUAAGGAAGAUGAGAGUUGAGGUGCCCACUCCCAACGAGGCCGAGGGAGCUGAACAAGAGACCAAGACCGAGACGGUGCAAAAGCAGCAGACUGGUGCAAGAGAUAAGAUCAGACAAGACAUGAAAGAUAGAGUAGACUUGACCAACACAGAGUCAAAAGACAGCAGAGCAAAUUACCAGGAAUGUAUGGUGCCAUGGUGGCAGACCAUAUCUAAGAAUGCUCUCUACACAGAUACGCACAGCACAGAAGUGCACCCAGGAACUGAAUAA